AUGAUUUCAGAAGUAUAAAUAGAAUGUACGCGAUGUGAAAAUUGGAGAGGAGACUUGAAAAAUUUUAAGGAUCAUGUCUCAAAUUAAUGCUAAUUUGUUACUAAAUUUAUUGAUUUUCAGGAGGAUGUUAUAGAAAUAGAAGAUGAAAAAUCAUAAUAAUCACAUCUAAUCAAUAUUGAGUUGGAAUCAUUGUAAUAAAGUUCCCAAAACAAAAUUUAACAGGAUAGUGAUUUGGAAGAGUAAAUAAUAAUAACCAAUAAAGUCAAUGAUAUAAUAUAUUAAAUUUCAUAUCAAAUUUGA